GCUGCUGCUCUAGCCCCACCACCUUUUGCAGCACAUAAGUAUUUCAUGCCAUUCUAACUGAAUCAGUGCUGGGCACCCAAGGGAAGCUCUGAAGACAUAGCCCUGAAAUCAGCUUGAAGUGAAACUCAGAGGAGACAAUCACAGAAGGAGAUGGACUUCUCCUUAGAAUCUUGGGUUCUCCUGGCUCUCAGCCUGGUGCUUCUGUAUCAAUAUGGGACCUAUCGCCAUGGACUUUUUAAGAAACUUGGAAUUCCUGGGCCUAAACCUCUGCCUUUUCUUGGAAACCUUUUGGCCUACAGAGAGGGCAUGUGGAAAUUUGAUACAGAGUGCUAUAAAAAGUAUGGAAAGAUAUGGGGGUCAUAUGAUGGUCGACAGCCUGUGUUGGCCAUCACAGAACCAGACAUGAUCAAAGCAGUUCUAGUCAAAGAAUGUUAUUCUGCGUUCACAAACCGGCGGACUCUUGGUCCAGUGGGAUUUAUGAAAAAUGCUGUCUCCGCAUCUGAGGAUGAAGAAUGGAAGAGAAUACGAACACUGCUGUCUCCAACCUUCACUAGUGGAAAACUCAAGGAAAUGUUGCCCAUCAUUAACCAGUAUGGAGAUGCGUUGGUCAAAAACCUGAGGUGCCAAGCAGAGAAAGGCAAGCCUGUUGACUUGAAAGAAGUCUUUGGGGCCUACAGCAUGGAUGUGAUCACUUCAACGUCUUUUGGGGUGAAUGUUGAUUCUCUCAACAACCCACAUGAUCCGUUUGUGGUAAAAGCCAAGAAGCUCAUAAAUUUGGAUUUUUUUCGUCCCUUGCUUUUCUCCGUAGUACUCUUUCCAUUCCUCACUCCAGUAUAUGAAAUGUUAAAUAUCUCUACAUUCCCACGGGAUUCUUUGAAAUUUUUCACAAAAUUUGUAAAACAGAUGAAACAAAAUCGCCUGGAACCUAACCAGAAGCAACGAGUGGAUUUUCUUCAGCUGAUGAUGAAUUCCCAGAAUUCUAAAGACACUGAGUCUCAUAAAGCUCUGUCUGAUAUAGAGGUCUUGGCACAAUCAAUUAUCUUUAUUUUUGCUGGCUAUGAGACCACUAGUAACGCUCUUUCUUUCAUUAUGCAUACAUUGGCCACUCACCCUGAUGUACAGAAGAAACUGCAGCAGGAGAUUGAUACUACUUUGCCGAAUAAGGCAUUUCCUACCUAUGAUGUCAUGACGGAGAUGGAAUAUUUGGAUAUGGUCGUGAGUGAAACUCUCAGAUUAUAUCCAAUCUCUAGCCGAAUUUUCAGGAUGUGUAAAAAAGAUGUUAAAAUCAAUGGAGUGUUCAUUCCCAAAGGGACAGCGGUGAUGGUACCAAUGUUUGUUCUUCAAAGAGACUCAAAGUACUGGCCAGAACCUGAUAAAUUCCACCCUGAAAGGUUCAGUAAGAAGAACAAGGAGAACAUUGACCCUUACAUAUACAUGCCCUUUGGGAAUGGACCCAGGAACUGUAUUGGCAUGCGGUUUGCUCUCAUGAACAUGAAACUUGCUCUCAUCCGAGUCCUGCAGAACUUCUCCUUCCACCCUUGUAAAGAAACACAAAACUUACAGAAGCUCUCAUGUGACAGUGGAUCUCAACCCCUGGCUCUACCUUGAAAUCCCUGAGGAGAUUAAAAAUAUCCUCAUGCCUGGGUAAUUUUAGAUAUCCUAAAUGACUUCCACCACUCAGGGAUAUCCUAGUUAUUUGAGAACAUAUUUCAGGAGCUCUGCUCCUGAUAAACUAUGUAGUUUUUACAUCCUCAUCAUAAGUAUAGGGAUCUUCAUGUCAUUCUCCUCCUCAUUGUGUUCUUAUCUUCAAGUCCCAAUCCCACUGCCAGAUGUAGGCCAUAUCCAUUUUGACUAUGACCCAUUUAUUCCUCUGCUCUGUUAACAACUGCUGCAGGAUGUUAUCAUUACCAACAUUAAUACUUUGCCAUUAAACCACACAAUUUGUUUCUCUAGUCUUUUGCUGUAUUGGUGAAUGUCCUCCUUCCUUCUAUAUUACCUCAUUUUAUUCGUUGUGUAAACUCCCAACGAUUCCUUGCAGAAACUUAGCCCACUGCAAGCAUUCAGAGAAUGUUGAAGAAUCAUUUGUUGUUAUAUUGGAGAUCUUAAUACGUUUCAAGUUAUUUUAAUUUAAAA